CAUCUUUUGGAAUAAUGUUUGUUAUCAUAAUUCUAAAUUUUUGCCUGUUUUAGGGCGAGGAACCUACAAGUAAAUUGCGUUUGAGGGUGAUUAACGGGCAUCAACUUGCCAAAAAGGAUAUCUUCGGAGCAAGUGAUCCUUAUGUUAGAGUGGAUUUAAGUACAAUUAAUGGUGACGAAACAGUUGAUUCGGUUCUUACAAAAACGAAGAAGAAGACGCUUAAUCCGGUGUGGGAUGAGGAGUUUAUCUUUCGGGUUAAACCGGCAGAACACAAAUUAGUUCUUCAGGUAUUUGACGAAAAUAGGCUGACACGUGAUGAUUUCCUGGGCAUGGUGGAGUUGACACUCAUUAAUCUCCCAAAAGAACAAGAAGGCAGAGUAAUACCGCCAAAGAAAUAUAUUUUAAGACCUCGCAGUGGUUACAGUGCUAGGUCGAGGGUGCGUGGCCACUUAGAAAUCUAUCAUGCCUACAUUCGGGACGGGGGUUCAGAUGUUAGCUCCGCCGAAGAUCCCACGGACGAACGCGACUGGGAGGUACUCUCUAAUUACACGACGGAAUCAGCAAGUCAAUCAUUUGCGAGUCCUGCCGAUACUCAAAGUGUUCCAUUACCACCGGGCUGGGAGGAAAGACAGGACGCGAAUGGACGCACAUAUUAUGUUAAUCAUCUAGCAAGGACGACGCAGUGGGAGAGGCCCACAUUCAGUAACACAUCUAACAGUGUUGAAGUGCAAGAACAACGAGUUUUAGACCAAGCUGCCGACUUCGAACGUAGAUUUCACAUCAGUGCAGAUGACGAAACAAAUAGUAGACGUGACUCUUUAGCGAGUGCCGGGCCGGGUGAAAGUGUAAGAUCUGACGGAUUUGAAUUGGAUCAACAAGGCGAUAGUGACGGACAUCAGCAAUUAGAAUCCACUCAAAACAAUUUAAAUGUGAUUUCUAAUCGCCAAAGUUUACUCUCUGAUGCCAAUUCUGAACGAUACGACUCUGACUACAAUGCAUCGAUUGAGAGCAAUGCUAGUAGUCACAGAGCUUCGAUCGGGUCUCACGAUUCCGAAGAUGAAUGUGAAGAAUGCCAGCAUCGGUUGCAGGGGGUGCUGGGUUCACCUGUAGGUGGGCCAAACAAUUCCAAUCCCGAAUUACUUAUCGUUUUAAGAAGAAAUGAGAACGAAGACUUGACAGAUAACAGCUCAACAACUGAUUCUCGUAGAAAUUCUGUAACAUCCACCAAUAGCGUUAGCCAAAGCAAUGCGCAGGAAGGUCUACCGUCAGGUUGGUCGAUGCAGUUGGCGCCCAACGGGCGAUGGUUUUUUAUUGAUCACAACGAACGGACAACUUCUUGGAUAGAUCCGAGAACCGGGCGACCUAGCGCCCCCGCGGUUCCUAGUAGAAAGCUCGAUGACGAUUUGGGAGCUUUGCCCGAAGGAUGGGAAGAACGGGUACAUUCCGACGGACGUAUAUUCUUCAUCGAUCACAACACACGGACUACACAAUGGGAGGAUCCUCGACUAUCGAAUCCCCAGAUUGCUGGACCCGCGGUGCCGUAUUCGAGAGACUACAAGAGGAAAUAUGAAUUUAUGAAAACGCAACUCAAAAAACCGACAAACGUGCCCAACAAAUUCGAAAUAAAAAUAAGAAGAAAAUCAAUAUUGGAGGACUCCUACCGCGCAAUAACGACAGUGCCUAGAGUAGAUUUGUUAAAGACGAAGUUAUGGAUAGAGUUUGAGAGCGAGGUCGGUUUGGACUACGGCGGACUGGCGCGAGAAUGGUUUUAUCUACUUUCCAAGGAAAUGUUUAAUCCAUACUACGGACUUUUCGAAUAUUCCGCGAUGGACAACUACACGUUACAAAUCAAUCCGUUUUCUGGCAUGUGCAACGAAGAACACUUGAAUUAUUUUAAGUUUAUUGGACGCAUUGCAGGCAUGGCAGUCUAUCAUGGAAAAUUGCUUGAUGCUUUCUUCAUUCGUCCGUUUUAUAAAAUGAUGUUAGGUAAACCGAUUGAUUUAAAAGACAUGGAAGCGGUUGAUAGCGAAUAUUACAAAUCACUACUGUGGAUUAAGGAGAAUGAUCCGCAAGGCCUAGAUUUGACUUUUGCUGUCGACGAAGAUUCAUUCGGUCAUACGAUGCAGUACGAAUUAAAACCGGACGGUGUAAACAUUCCAGUUGACAACCAUAACAAAGACGAAUAUAUUAAUUGUGUGAUUAAGUGGAGGUUCGUUGAAAGGGUGCAAGAUCAAAUGAACGGUUUCCUAGAGGGCUUUAGUGAUUUAGUGCCGUUGAACGUUAUAAAAAUUUUUGACGAAAAUGAAUUGGAACUGUUAAUGUGCGGAAUACAAAAUGUAGACGUGAAAGAUUGGAAACAGAACACCCUUUACAAGGGGGACUAUCAUGGCAAUCAUAUCGUAAUACAGUGGUUUUGGAGAGUUGUCCUUUCAUUCUCAAACGAAAUGCGAUCGCGCUUAUUGCAAUUUGUUACGGGCACAUCUCGUGUACCGAUGAACGGUUUUAAAGAAUUAUAUGGUAGUAACGGUCCCCAGCUGUUUACAAUCGAGAAAUGGGGUUCGCCUGAUAACUAUCCACGAGCACAUACUUGUUUCAAUCGGCUAGAUUUACCCCCAUACGACAGCUACCAGCGUUUACGCGAGAAGUUAAUCCAAGCAAUAGAAGGAUCGCAAGGUUUCGCGGGUGUCGAUUAAACGCGGGCGAUUUUAUUAUUUUCAACUCUAAAAGUGUUGUUAUUUAUUCUGUCCAUUUUACUUAGAAGUAUUUUUGCCUUUUCGACAUUCUUUAACCAUUUAAGAAAAUUUUUAUCGCACUUUAUAGAGUGACUAAUAAUAUUGUACCUAUCUAAGAAAUAUUUGUAAAUAUGUACGUGUUUUUUAGACUUGUUAUGCUGUUCAAGAAGUUCACACUUGUAUUUAAGAAAAAAAAGAAGAUGCGCUUAUGUAGUUAAGACAAACUAUUGACUUUUUUCAUAAGUUGUUGCUUAAUUGAAAAUGGUUAAUGAAAAGUUCGCGUGUUACUUUUAAAUCUUGCACGAAUCUUUGACUCCUUAUGUAUGUAUAUAUUUUUAUUUGACGGUUAAUUGGAUGCAAACAAAAGCAGAGGUAUAAAAAUGGUUACGGUUUUUUUAGUAUUUCGAGACAAUGGACCAAUAUCCAAAAUUUAGGUUAGAUUCUUUUCGCAACAACUUUCUUGUUUAAAAAUUAACCAUUACGUGAUAUAUGUUUUAGUUUUUAAAAGAUACAAAUCUAUUUUAAUAAUUGGA